GCGUCGAGUGAGCUGUAUAAUAAUGGUGGAUCGCGCGAUGUUUUCGAGCCUGUGUCGUGUAGAGCUAAGAAAAAUGAUGGCCGCUGUACUGACAUUAGGAUUACACCAACUUAUUCUACUCGUCUAUUGUUUGAAUCAGGUCUCCUGCGACACCUUCAGCUCUCCUAACCCCCGAGCUGGUGAUGUCAUCGACAAGUUCGAGCUGGACAUGGGCUCUAGUGGACCGAAGUCCAGCUUGUUCUCCGAGUGCCAAGCUCUAGCCAACACCAUCGAGGGAAGUCUGUACUCUGUUCCCAUCUCGGAAAAUAUUGAAUACCUUCGCUUCUCCCCUCUCCAAAGUCGUGCGAUGGAAUGGACAGAAUCAACAACUGAUGGUGACACAGGAGUCCUAGCGUGCAUCCUGAAGGCGGCCGAGCUUUUGGCCUGGAUGGUCAAGUACGAAGGCAAAUGUCUUGCCACAUUCAGCGACGUCUACAACUCCACUGAAGAACAGAGCUGCGACGACCCCCAAGAGGUCGUUUACGUCAUCACAGGCUUCAACAUGUUCCUCAACGCCCGCGUGCCGUUCUUUGAGUCCAACGAAUGCUACAAGAGCUUGCCGACCGGCAUUGUUCUUUCCGACUCGCUUUCUAUGCCGCCUAUAAGAAACUGCUGCGCCGUCCUCGACGAUUACAAGAACUGCUACGAUUUUCCAACCAACAUUUCUUCGUUCUUACAAGCAAAAUUGGAUUGUCAGGGACUGGGUCUGACGCUCGCAAAUUAUGAAUUAUAUGUGGAUGUCGAAGGGGAUGGUCAUAUUUAUGACGCUUUACCAGCAAAUGAUGUCGCCAUCGACUACAGCCGCGGAAAGGACGGCGUGUGGCGUUGGCCCGGCGGUGAGGAAAAGUCGUUUCCAUGGAUGGAACAACCAGAAGACUAUCACGAUUGCGCCAUCGGUAUUUUCGGUGAAGGUGUAUAUUUAGUUCCGGUCCGUUGCAGCGACCGCAUCAGACAAGCACUUUGUAUGGAAACUCAAAGUGCUAAGCAGAAAUGUCCCACUGACUAGCUGAUGAUCGAACACGACUUCUCUUAGGUGGGCUAUUGGCUCUUCAUCUUUAAAAGUUCAUUUAAAAUUGUUGCUCUGUAAUCAACUCUUAAGGCUUGUAGUCAA